CCAGUGCUUUUUGAAUGCCAUGAUCAAGUCGUUCCUUAUUUUCAGAAGUAUGCGUUCGUCUCUUGCAACUUCUUACCAUCUUGCCUUUAUUUCCAGAGAGUGGAGCAAGCUGUUGUUCAGGCCUUUGACGAGGCUGGAAUCGAGACCAAAGUUGUUAACCGCCUUGAGUAUUGCGAUGCUCUCAUUGCGUGGGCUGAUGCAGUAGUCACUACGGGAGGUGACGGCACUUACCUGCUAGCGGCGUCAAGGAUACGUGACAGAAGCAAGCCUGUCAUUGGCUUCAAUUCAGACCCAACGCGCUCUAAGGGGCAGCUCUGUCUUCCUGAGAAAUAUUCAGCUUCUCCCAGAACUGCUGUGGCUCAGUUACGCAGAGGGCUGUUCAGAUGGCAGUAUCGAUCCCGCAUCAGAGUAACACUGCGCGGUGAACACAUUUACCAAGCACCGAUUGAACUGCACGACCAGCAGCUCCUCAACCCGGAGUACAGAUAUUUGGACAUCGAUGCAAACUUGAAGAGUGAACAUGUGCGGCACUCCUUGUCAGAGUGGGGCCAGGCUGACCCCUCGCUGCCUACAAGAGUUCUUCCUGUAUUGGCUCUCAAUGAGGUGUUCAUCGGGGAGUGCAUAUCAGCGCGCGUGUCGUACCUGGAGUUGCAGUUCGACGACCAGGCGCCAGGGAAGCACAAGUGCUCAGGUCUCAUCGUCAGCACGGGCACAGGCUCCACGUCCUGGACCUACAACGUCAACAAACUCACCGAGCAGAACCUCGAGCAGGAUCAAGAGUCCUUCACCCUCAAAAUGAUCAAGGGACACUUCACCCUCACGAGGAUCGUAGUGCACUUUACCCUUACAAAGAUCACGAGAAACAUCUCACUCACAAAUAUCAAGGGGCACUUCAACCUCAAAACGAUCAUGAAGCCAUUCAUCCUCACAAAGAUCAGGGGGUUUUAUACCUUCACAAAGAUCAAGGGGCGCUUCACUCUCACAAAGAUCAUGCAGCUAUUCAUCCUCACAAAGAUCAGGGGGCUCUUCAUCCUCACAAAGAUCAUCAACACUUCACUGUGCGGAAGAUCAUGA